AUGGCCAGUUCAGGAAGGAAUGGUUUGCAAGAAAGUGCAUCCGACCCAUUAUUUCCGGAAAGGGGAUCGUCGGACACAUCUCUCGAAAACAAUGACCUUAAUGAAAAUGCAUCGAUAUUUGUAAAUUCAUCGGUUAUGUUCGUUUAUGACCAAUUAAGCAGCGCUGCAUCGUUCGCUCUGGUUGAUUUGAUCGCUUCAGUGCUUAGGCUUGACUUUUGGCAGAACAACGACCACUUGAGCGAUAUUGAGUUUUGUACACAAGCAAUGGAAAAAGUACUCAAGUAUACCGCAUUGCCAGAGCGGACAAACGUAACCGUGCGACAUCACCUUAUGGGCGAAGGUGCAACAGACGAUAUAGCAGCGUUUGUGACUCUUAUCAAGAAGGAUCCAAUUAUAAAGCAGAAGGGAGCUUUAGUUAUUCUUGCUUGUCUUUUGUCUACUUUCACCGAGUAUGGCACUUAUGAUUGUCGUUAUCGUGUCUUAUUGCGUCAUAUUUGUGCACUUCUGUCUGUAAGAUGGGAUGAUUUCGAGAAUAUAGAGGAUGCACUAGUUGAUACAAUCACUGGAUAUCAUUACAAAGAAAACGAAGAACAAAAAAUGGUAAGAGAUAAAGCUGCGAAACUGAAAAAAAUUAAGCGAUAUGUUAUGAUUGGAGCAGCCAGUAGUGUCGGUGGUGUCUUACUAGGAAUAACGGGUGGGUUAGCAGCACCGUUGGUAGCGGUUGGUGCAGGGACUGUAGUUGGUGCUGGAGCAGCAGCAGGCAUUUCAACAGCAGCGGGCGCUACUAUACUUGGAUCAUUAUUUGGAGUAGCUGGUGCGGGAUUAACGGGUUACAAAAUGCGAAAACGAGUAGGUGCAAUUGAAGAAUUUGUAAUUCAGCCAAUUUCUGAAGGACAAAGUCUGCAUUGUGUUUUGGCAAUUAGUGGAUGGAUUGAAGAUCAAGGAGAACGUGUUUUUCAACAGCAAUGGAGGCAUUUGUGGAUGUCGCGCGAACAAUAUAUUUUGCGUUAUGAAAGCAAAUAUUUAGUAGAAUUAGGGCGAGCAAUUAAUUAUUUGACUUCUUUUGCUGUAUCACUUGCUGUUCAACACACUCUUUUGGAAACUGCCUUUGCUGGUUUAGUUGCUGCGGUUGCUUGGCCCGUGGCACUUCUUUCCGCAUCUAGUGUAAUCGACAACCCAUGGAAUGUUUGCGUAAGGCGAGCCGCCGAGGUCGGUGAACAAUUAGCCGAGGUAUUGUUAAGUCGUGCACAUGGCAACCGUCCUAUUACUUUAAUAGGAUUUUCUCUUGGAGCACGUGUCAUUUUUCAUUGCUUAAUGGCUAUGACCAAACGUACCACAUGUUACGGAAUAAUUAAUGAUGUGGUACUUCUUGGUGCACCUGUAACAGCUUCACCGAUUCAAUGGCAGCAGAUAAGUCACAUUGUUGGAGGACGGAUUAUAAAUGGUUAUUGUAAUAGUGAUUGGUUAUUAAGGUUUAUUUACCGUGCAAUGAGUGUACAGUUUACGAUUGCUGGCACGGGUCCUGUAACAUGCAAAAUGGAAAAGAAAAUUGUUAAUUUCAAUCUUUCUCACUUAAUAAAAGGUCAUCUAGACUACUCUCGAAAGUUAACUGAAGUAUUGGAAGCAGUUGGCGUUCGAGUUACACCGCGUCCCGAUCAUUCCAUGCUAGAUAUGGAUGAAGUUACGAAAGAAAUAAGCACAGAUAUCAUUGAUUUUGAUGACGAAGAAGAGAAAAAGCUCUCUUUUAAUAAUUUUAAAAGUGGAGCAGAAGCGCAUUGUGAAACGAAACAAAAGUAA